AUGUCGCCUCGUGUCGCCCUAUUUCUGUCCCUACUCCUCGUCGUCACGAUCGUAUCGGCCACACCAUACUCGCCGGCCUACGAAUACGGCUUCGACACGAGGAAGCUAGUCAAACGCCAGGCACAACAACCCAUUGUUGUCGCUAAAUUGCCCGCUGUCAACGGAACUGUCCCUGUUCGGCAGGAGAUCCGGCAGAUGAAGCAGAACCCUUUCAAAUGGAACCUGUUCCUCCUUGCGUCCAGCAUGUUACAGUACACGGAUCAGAAAGAGGAACUAUCAUGGUACCAGAUCGCAGACCCUGUGGAAAGUGUCUUGUAUCAAGCCGCUGCCACCGACUUCCGUAUCCCAUACUGGGACUGGGCUACGCCGCCGCCGUCUGGAGAGAUGACCUACUUACCCGAGUUCGAAGAGCCCGGGAUCCAAGUGUACGGCCCCAAAGGGUGGCAGUUCAUUGCGAACCCGCUUCAUAGUUACAAGUUUCGGCCGCUUGACCCAGACGUCUUUUCUGAAGGCGAUCACAAGUUUCCGCGUUGGACAGAAACGAUGCGAGCACCCUUCGAGACGUCAGACAACCAGAGCGUUGCGCACGCAAUCGAGCAUGCCAGACCGGCGCUUCAGCAACGGCUCUACACACUCCUGUCGAACUACAAGGACUACGGACCCUUCAGCAACAAGUACUGGGGUACCGCAACAAACCAAUCCCAAUACGACUCUGUAGAGUCGCUACACGACGCCAUGCAUGUUCUAGUCGGCAACCGCGGCCAUCUCUUCUAUAUACAAUACUCGGCGUUCGAUCCUGUUUUCUUUCUGCAUCAUACCAUGGCAGAUAGAAUUGUUGCAAUGUGGCAAGUCUUGUACCCGAGGUCAUGGGUGUCCCCUCAAGUCGCAAUGGAACACUCUUUCACGAUGCCGCCAGGAUACGUUCAAGACAUGUUUACAGAACUCAAGCCUUUUUACUCAGAUGUCAACGGCACUUUCUGGAAUUCAGCAAUGGCAAGGGAUACCUUGGCCUUCGGAUACUCGUACGCCGAGACCAACUCCAGCCCUGGGAACGAUCCCGCCGAAGACCGGGCGCGCCUAAUAGAAACCAUCAACCGGCUGUACGGUUCAUCCAGUCCCUCCGGUUUUGCCCAGAAGCGAAGGAGAUCCGCGACGAUGAGGGAUCGGGGUACCCUUGGGCGUGUUCGGAAAGGGACGGUUUCAAGUAGCCAUGUGAUGGAUUUUUCCCAUGAUCCGGACUUCGUUGCCAAGGUGGUCGCGGAAGACAACAUAUACACCGAAUGGGUCGCCAAUGUGCGCGUCCUGAAUGGGGCGCUGGACGGCUCAUUUGUUGUCCAUUUCUUCCUCGGCGAAGUACCCAAAGACACGGAUUCAUGGAUGACCGCACCAAAUCUGGUGGGGUCGAUGCCGGUGUUUGCAAUGAAAAACAUGGGCUCGGGUAACCAUGCGUCCGGUACUGUCCCUCUGACGUCGGCUUUGAUGCACUUGGUGUCGGCGGGAGUCAUCUCCGGGCUUGAUCCGGAGCAAACUGGACCUUACCUCGAAGAGUACCUCCAAGUUCGUGUUGUUCGAGAGGAUGGAACUGAGAAAUCUGUGAACACCAUUGACAGCUUACACGUUCAAGUCGCAAGCUCGCAAGUCCGGGCAGCGAGGAACCAGUGGGAGCUCCCAAGUUGGGGUACCGUAGUGGAGAGGUUCGUGUUGCAACAAGGUCAAGUGCGUCCUUACAAGCAUGAUAUGACUGGGUGA